GCCGAUCCAUUCUCGCCUCAGAGGUUUAAUAUACAAACUACUGCAAAUAAAAGGUUAGGCAGUUCAGGACUUCCAGUUGUAGCAAGAAUGGAAAGUAAUGGAAAUCACGGAGCUGAGAGGUUCGGGGUAGUCACUGGAGCAAACAAGGGGAUUGGUUUUGAAACAGCAAAGCAACUUGCUUCUCGAGGCAUAAACGUGGUUUUGACAGCCAGAAAUGAGCAAAGAGGAUUGGAGGCUGUUUCAAAGCUCCAUGAAAUAGGGUUAUCAAAUGUAGUUUUCCAUCAACUUGAUGUGUUGGACCCUGUCAGUAUCCACUCUUUGGCUGAGUUCAUAGCUGACAAGUUUGGCAGGCUUGAUAUCUUGGUGAAUAAUGCUGGGGCUUCUGGAGUUGUGGUUGAUGAGGAAGGAUUAAGGGCCAUGAACAUAGAUCCCUCCUCCUGGCUCUCGGGCAAGGCGACGAACUUGGUUCAGAGUGUGAUAAAGACAAACUGUGAGAAGGCAGAAGAAUGCCUCAACACAAAUUACUAUGGCCUCAAAAGAGUAACAGAAGCCCUUCUUCCACUUCUACAGAAAUCCUUGGGAGGAGCCAGGAUAGUGAAUGUCUCCUCUCUUAGAAGCGAAUUGAAGAGAAUCCCAGGUGAGCACAUACGAAAAGAACUGGGAGAUAUAGAAAAUUUGAAUGAAGAAAAGGUAGAUGAAGUGUUGAAAAAGUUUCUACAUGAUUUGAAGGAAGAUAGAUUAGAAGCGAAUGGAUGGUCACUGAUGCUUCCACCGUACAGCAUCUCCAAGGCUGCAGUGAAUGCUUAUACAAGAAUUCUUGCAAGACAGCAUCCAGAAAUGUAUAUCAAUUGUGUUCAUCCAGGCUAUGUUGAUACUGAUAUCAACUGGCAUACAGGAGUAUUAACUGUGGAAGAAGGGGCUAGAGGUCCUCUCAAAUUGGCUCUUUUUCCAGAUGGAAGUCCCACUGGUUGCUACUUCGAUCAAACUGAAUUGGCAGAGUUUUAAUUAAGUUCUUGCUGUUUGGAAUGAGGAUUGAAUUUGUGUUUGUUCUAUCAAGUUGAGAAGGCUUCUUUGAAUCAAACACUGAAUUGGUAAGAGUUUUUAACUCAUUGUCUAGAUAGAUAUGAAACAUUUCAUGUGGAAUAAAGCUUAGCUUAGCUUUUUGACU